UGGCCGUGAGGGGCAUCAGUGCAUAUGUGAGCGAAAGCUUGCUAGGAGUACAUAGGUCUUCUGGAGUUUGGGCUGUACGUGUAUAAGUUAAUAAAAUGGAAAAAGACAACCUCACCGUGGUCCUGCACUCUAAAGGAGAUCUCAGAUUGGAGCAGCGUCCCAUUCCGGAACCAGGACCAAAUGAGGUGUUACUUCAGAUGCAUUCUGUGGGCAUCUGUGGGUCAGAUGUGCACUAUUGGCAGAACGGCCGCAUUGGGGACUUUGUGCUGAAACAGCCCAUGGUUUUGGGACAUGAAGCCUCUGGUCGUGUGGUGAAAGUGGGCUCUGCUGUGACGCACCUCAAAGCAGGAGACAGAGUUGCCGUUGAGCCUGGAGUUCCUCGUGAAGUAGAUGAGUUCUUUAAAUCUGGACACUACAAUCUGUCUCCCAGCAUAUUCUUCUGUGCCACUCCUCCAGAUGAUGGAAACCUCUGCAGAUACUACAAACACAAUGCAAACUUCUGCUACAAGCUUCCCGAUAAUGUGACCUAUGAGGAGGGAGCCCUGAUCGAACCCUUGUCAGUGGGCAUUCAUGCCUGCAAGAGGGCAGGGGUCACUCUCGGAAGCUCAGUGUUUGUUUGCGGUGCAGGACCAAUUGGGCUGGUGUCUUUGUUGGCGGCCAAAGCCAUGGGUGCUUCACAAGUAAUAAUAAGCGAUUUGUCUUCUGAUCGGCUUGCCAAGGCUAAAGAGAUGGGGGCAGACUUCCUGCUGCAUGUGAAGAAAGAAGACGAACCAAAGGAGAUGGCCAAAAAAGUGGAGGGAAUGCUUGGUUGCAUGCCUCAAAUCAGCAUAGAAUGCACUGGAGUGCAGAGCAGCAUUCAAACAGCCAUCUAUGCUGCUCGUUCUGGAGGAGUGGUGGUGCUGGUUGGGCUUGGUGCUGAGAUGACCACCGUACCUCUUCUCAAUGCAGCUGUCAGAGAAGUUGACAUCAGAGGUGUAUUCCGCUACUGUAACACCUGGCCGGUGGCCAUUUCUAUGUUGGCGUCUAAGAAGGUGAACGUCAAGCCCCUGGUCACCCACCGUUUCUCACUGGAGCAGGCUGUGGAGGCCUUUGAAACCACCCGCCAGGGACUAGGGGUUAAAGUCAUGUUAAAAUGUGACAAGAAUGAUCAAAACCCAUGAGAUCAACACUUAGACCCACACCUGAUUAUUAUUGCCUAGCUACAGUGGCUUGAAUAAAUCUGUUUGAUCCAGUUAAUUUUGCGAGUAACCUCAGGUACAACAGUCAUAGGAAUUAAGUGAUACUUCUUCACAGUGGAUCGAAUUAUUUAUAAUUCCAGUUGCAUUAUAAUUGAAUGAAUAUGUAGCGUUUUACAUUAGUAAAGUGUUUAUAAACCAACCGUUUGUUAUUAUAUA